AUGACUUUCCCUUUCUUCCUCCCUGACACUUCCUUCCCUCUGACUUUUCCUGAAGCACGUCUGAUCUUCAGCUUCAUUUCCUCCAUCCUAUUCUGCCUUCCUGACCUGCAUCUCCUUCGGGUCAUGUCCAAGCGUCUUGGUGAACCUAACAAAGGCUGGGCCACAAUCACCCCCGAGCGCUUUGAAGAAUUGCUCGAGGCACAACGGGCAACUUACGCCGUCCUCACUGACUAUCUGGCUGAGAGAGGACGGCCUCUCGAAGACAGUAUCCAUGCCCCUCCUGGCAUCGCUCCUAUCCGCCGUGCUCCUCGUCCUGCUAGACAGCGCAUUGUGGCUGACUGCCAGGACAUUUUUAGUUUCAACUCUCUGAGCGAUGGUGACAACAAGCGGAGCGCCUCGCCCUCUGUCAGCCCUGGUGCUGGUGUCAAUCCCCUUGCGCCUGCCUUUACCCCUACUUCUCCUGCCGAGACCUUCCCCGAGGCCGAUAAUCUCGAGGCCAAAAUUCGCCGAGGCGUUCGUUCCCCCGACGAGUUCAUGAUGCUCGUUAGAUCACUCAAGAAGGUCAACAUCACCGUGCCGCCUCGCCGAAUUGUCUUUGGAAAUCUGCCCAAGGGAACCAACAUCUCGGAUGUUAUUUGUUUGGUCUUUGAUGGCGCCAUCAUGCGCGCCUGGAGUGUUGUUGAUGAUCAAGUGAUUGUCGAAUUCUGUGACGAUCUUGCUUGCCGCCGCUACUACGAUGCAAAUUUUCCCGGCAUCAAGGUCUGCGGCGACCACGUUAUUACCGUUGAGAAGCCGGACGACACCGAGGUUCUCACGGAUGUGCAGCGCCUUCACAUUAAGAAUGGAGUUUCUCGCUUGGUUGGCAUCAAUGGCAUUACUAACCACUUGUUCGCUCCUCUCUGUGAAGUUCUCAAAUGCUACGAACUGGAUCACACCCAUUUGGUUGAAUGCGACAAACCCGGCAUGAUCUACGUCUAUUUCCGCAACCUCGCUCACGCCUCAGACUUCCGUACCAGACUGGAAGAGGACUCCUCGCGCUGGGGUGACUGCGUCGUCGACUACCUUCCGGACCCGCAAGUCGCUACUCGAUUCCAUUUCAAUGGAGCCUCCCCGCGAUUCUACGGUGCCGCGAUCGCACCUCCCGGCCAGCCUUCGACCCGCGCUUCUUCCUUCAGCGCCUAA